AUGCCACCAUGUGACAUUUGUCACAAGAGGCCGCAGAUUCUUUGGACAACAGAAGACGACAUUGAAAUUUUGAUUUUCUGGACCGCGGCCUCUUUCCAACUACAUCAAGAUUUUAACAUCAACGAGUUGUUUGAAAAAACCGCCCGGCAUGGAUUCAGUUAUUGUCCAGAGCAUAUUUUUUCGGCAACUAGAAAACUGAAGAGGCUCGUGGAUUAUGAUGAAGGGAAAGUUAGUUCAAUGGGAUUGAGAUUGGUGGAACUCAUGGCUUCGAACAUUCUGAAAGAGAAAAUCAAAGAGGGUUCUAUGAAAACUGCAUUGAGAAGAUUCAUCUACAACUUUCAUGAAGAGAAUCACUCAACCAUUGGAGAACACUACAGUGACGAGUAUAAAAAUCUCGAGAUAGAGGAUCGCGAUGGAAUUUACAUCUGCAUUCAAUGUGGCGAGGACAAUGAGAAACCAGAAACCCGAUUUAUCGAAGAUUAUGAGUCCAAAAAAGCAUUCGCUGUGUUCGCAGGAGCCGCCGUUGCCAAUCUAAUGAACGUUGAUCAGGCUCACGCGUGUACCGUAAUCCCUUCGAUUCCUAUUUGUGCAGUUCACCUUUAUCAGCAAGCUUGGUCGUUGAGGAAUCUGGAGUUUACGUUGCAUGAGAAGAAUCAUGCGGAUGUGUUCACUGAGACUAUGAUGGCGACUUUUGGAAGUGGAUGGAUGGCACCAUUGAAGGUGGUGAAUAAAUAUGUCGACAAGAUUUUGCCGCAUCCGACCCUAAACCACAUGGCGUGCAAAUUCUGCAACGAGUUCGGAUCCGAUGAGAAGCCGAUAAUCUAUGACAAACUUCUGAGAAUGAAGGCUCACCGUGACUGCUUCACGAAGGUUUCCAGAGAUAUUAUGUUCGAUAUGAGUAAGAAAGAUUUUGUGAAUGGAGGAUUCAUAUUUCGCUAUCCGAAUAUCAAAAAAUUGGAGAGUUUCACUGGAGAUGAAUUCAAGAAACUGAUAAAUUCAUGGGUGAAGUAUACAGCAGAGAAAGCGGAUACAAAUGCAAGAUAUAAGGUUUACAUUGUGAUGCUGUUUGCAAGAUAUUGGAGUCCAGAUCCAGAUCUCAAACAAAAAGAAAAUGCGGAGUCAUUGAUAUUGGGAUAUCAAAUGAUAACUCAGAUUAAAACACGAAUGGCAAUGACGAAAAACUCUUUGUCAGCAAAAGGUUCCGUUGAAUCACCAGAUGAUGGUUAUGAGGUUGCACAGCUAUACGUUUCUUCACCAGCAGUUUCCGGUCCGACUCCAUAA